AUGGAAGUAUGUGGCAAUAGUAAUAUAAAACGGAAGAAUGAUAAUGAUGGUGAUGGUGAUGUUGAUGAUGAUAUACUCAGAUGUUCGAUUCAUAACAAGAAACAGAAGGUUAUAUGCUAUGACUGCAAUGAGCUCAUCUGCACAGUGUGUCUCACCACUCAACAUAUGAAGCAUGAGGUUGAGCAUGUCCACAGCUUGAAGACACAGUUCACCAGUGACAACCAGAGGAUAAAGAGGUUCAAUGCUCGACUCGACACACUCUGGGACACAUUGCAACAAUUGGCAUGGUCAUACGACACCAUUCAGAUGUCAAAGAGACGUGUCGCCAAUCAGUUCAGAGAGUUGCAUGAACAUCUUAUGAGGAAGGAGCAGAGGCUCAAGAAGAAACUGGAUGAUGAGCUUGACGAUACCACAACAUCAAUCAACAACAUCAUCAAUGAGGUUGCCAAUAUCAAUACAAAUGUCACCAACAACAAUGUGAAUGACAUCAAUCACAAUGAUGAUGAAGAUGGCGAUGGAGUUGACGUUAUGAGUACAUUGGUGCGAUCGAUCAAAACAUCCAAGUCAAUGGAUCAAUUCAUCGACAAACAGUUCAAGCCAUGCGACGAUAAUGUCACGAUUGGUGAUGAUCAACUGUUGGACUUUGUUCGAAGAGCAUCACAAGCCACUCAGGCUGUUCAUACUGUCACAAGACCAUUACGGAUGAAUCACAUCUUCUCAUUCUGGAAGGACUCAUGUUCGAUGCUCUCAUUGGACACUGGUGAGUGGACUGUGAUCAAUGACAAGUGCACACCAAGAAAGCGCAUAUCAAGAUCGGUUGUCUACGCACGAGGCAAUGUCUAUGUGUUUGGCGGUCAAGGAUCACCCAGCACAUACUCUCGCUUCUCACUCAUCGAUCAAAAGUGGAACAAUGACCUCGAGAUCAUCGGUGUCGAUGGUGGUGAAAGCAUAUCAACAUGCUACGAUGGUGACAAGCGCAUCUAUCUGGUCGGUGGAUUCCACAAUGACAAACUAUUGGAUCGAGUUGAUUGUUUCAACAUUGACACUCAACAAUUCUCAUCAGUUGGACGAUUGAGUGUGCCAACCCGAGCAUCACACUCAUUCAUCCACAACAAUAGAAUCAUUGUUGUUGGUGGCCAUGUUGAUGUCGAGGGUAAUGUGUCGCUAACAGAUAUCUUGGAAUACAACAUUGCCACCAAGGAAUGUGUCGUUUCCCUCGAGAUUGAUAUCAAUCCAGAUGAAGCCAUCGAUGCUUGUUAUGAUGGCGUUGAUAAUGUAAUCAUCAUGGGCGGCGAUGAGUCCACUCUCUUGGUCGACAUGUCCAUGAUGAACAACAACGUAUCCCAAGUAGUUUUUAUACAGAGGAGAGCAAUGGAUGAGAGUGGCAAAAGUAAUAACAUCGAUAAAGAUAGUAUCAAACGGAAGAAGGAUGAUGGGGAUGUUGUUGGUGAUGAUAAUGAUACAAUCAGAUGUUUGAUUCAUAACAUGAAGCCGGAGGUUAUGUGUUAUGACUGCAAUGAACUCAUCUGCACAGAUUGUCUGACCACUACUCAACAUAUUAAGCAUGAUGUUGAACAUGUCGACAGCUUGAAGACACAGUUCACCAGCAACAAGAGGAUAAAGAGGUUCGACACACGACUUGACACACUAUGGGAUACGCUGCAAGGAUUGGCAUGGUCAUACGACACCAUUCAGAUCUCACAACGACAUGUAGCCAAUCAGUUCAGAGAGUUACAUGAGUAUCUCAUGAAGAAAGAGCAAUGGCUCAAGAAGGAACUCGAUGAUGAGCUUGACAAGACCACAACAUCAAUCAACAACAUCAUCAAUGAGAUUGUCAACAUUACUGCGCAAGCCACCCACAACAAUAUGAAUGAUAUCAAUCACAAUGAUGAUGAAGAUGGUGAAGGUGUUGACAUCAUGAGUCAGUUGGUGCGAUCGAUUCAAACAUCAAAGACAUUGGAUCAAUUCAUCGACAAACAGUUCAAACCAUGCGGUGAUGAUGUCACUAUUGGUGAUGAUCAACUGUUGGACUUUGUUCAAAGAGCAUCACAAGCCACUCAGGCUGUUCAUGUUGUCACCAAACCAUUACGAUUCGAGUUUGAUUCACAUAUGUUGGAGAGAGACAUCAAGGUACUCUUUGGUAAAUACAUCUACGAGAGCACACCAACCAGGAUUGAACAUGGCUUCAGGAAUCACAUCUUCUCAUUUGGAAGGACUCAUGUUCGAUUCUCUCAUUGGACACUAAUGAGUGGACUGUGA